AUGACCUUAGCCGUUAUCUCCAACUCUUCUGGGGUAAAUUCUCCCAAGGGAUCCGGGGUUGGUGCCUGGGUUCUUUCAGGUGUUAGCGGUAUGUUUAAGGUAUCCUUAUGGAGAAGGGGAGAAACUGGGAAUUUAACAAGCACCAAUCCUUCUGUUUUUCGUGUAACCCGAUCAAACUCACCAGUGACUCAACAAACGGACGCAACUAAAGCAGAGAUAAAACGAGUGGAAACACUAGAACUUAUGAAAGAAGCAAGAGCCCUAGCUGACAAAAACAACUUGGAAGAUGCUCUGAAUAAGGCUGUUAAAGCUCGUAAUAUGCUCGAGGAUAUUGACCUUAAGAAGCCAAACUCGGUGAUUGAGACACUGAAACAAGAGUUGGAUGAAAUGGUGAAGUUUCUGCAAUCAGAAGAAACGUACAAAAACAAAGGCCGUUCUUUCGCUUGUUGUUCUGAGACUUGCCACGACCGACAACGUUUUGCUUCAAGAGGUAAAGAUGAAAAUAUACGUCCUUAUGCAACUCCGCGUAUGGACACAUACUUUGAGCAAGCCAAGGAAUUCGAGAAGGAUCCGAGCAAGCCUCUUCCAACUGCUGCCGACGACGAAAAGCAAGAGCUCCUUGCUGAUCCCCUUGCUGGCAUUGCACCUUCUCUUAGCCACUACCUUGAGGUUGCUAUUGAUGCUCUAAAAAACAUUCAAAGAAUCGUUAACCAAAGGCCUAAAGUUUAG